AUGGAAGGCAAUUCUGCCCCCCCUGCGGAAGUAGCAGGUUCUACCGGAGACGCUCCUCCUCCUGUUCCAUCGAAUAUCCAUUCUCAUGCAGUUCAUAACGAUCAGGGAACUGCUCUUCUGGACAAUAAAUCUUUGACCUCGAGUCGUCCUGCAAACUUAACGCCCCGUCCGACCUUCUUGGAGAACCUCGCCAAUUCUCGUGACUCACAAUUCAUGCUCGAUCGACGCAAUUCCAGCGAGAUAGAUCGCUACUUUCAUGGUCCCCGAGACCUUGAGAAACACUCUAAAUGGCCGACUUUUCUUCGAAUGCACGGCAGCGUCUUGCCCAAGAUGAUUCUUCCGCUCUCCUUUAUCGCUGCUUGGGCUACAGUGAUAACCUGCAUUUCCAAAUUUGUACAUAACAUUGGAAUCAACAACAUUCUCCUCACAGUCACCGGUUUUGUUGUUGGCCUGGCCCUGUCCUUUAGAAGCUCCACUGCAUACGAAAGGUGGGCUGAUGGACGCAAGUACUGGUCACUACUCAUCCAGACUUCGCGUAACCUCGCUCGUACCAUCUGGAUCAACACCAGAGAGCGAGAGGGAGAGCUGGGCAAAGAGGACCUGCUGGCAAAACUGACGGCCAUGAAUCUUAUUCUGGCGUUUGCAGUUGCCCUCAAACAUAAGCUGCGAUUCGAACCUGACGUGGCCUAUGAAGACCUUGCGGGUCUAGUCGGAUAUCUCGACACGUUCGCCAAAGAAGCCCAUGAUCCCCAGGUCCUCAAACCGCGGGAGAAAUCUAUUUGGAAAGCGGCAGGAGAAUACUUAGGCGUCUCAUUUGCGGAAUCCAAUCCCAGGAAGCUGAUCAAGCGGUCGAAAAAGCCAUUAGGACAUUUGCCGCUGGAAAUCCUUAACCACAUUUCUGCCUAUCUCGACAGGUGCAUUGCAAAUGACACUUUGAAUGUCAGCCUUCAUCAGGGCCAGGCCAUUACUGCCCUGUCUACUCUCAAUGAAGUGGUCACCGGAACCGAACGUGUUCUAGAUACACCUCUUCCAGCAGCUUACAGCAUUGCCAUCGCUCAAAUUGCUUGGCUUUAUGUCUUGGCCCUCCCAUUCCAACUAUAUGACGCUCUUCAAUGGGUCACGAUUCCCGGCUCUAUCAUUGCUGGAUAUAUCAUCCUUGGACUCGCCACGAUUGGCAGCGAAAUUGAGAAUCCGUUCGGCCAAGAUGUUAACGACUUACCAUUGGACACGUACUGCCGGCAGAUCGCCCUGGAACUGGAUAUCAUCACUGCUAUGCCUCCCCCGAAGGUUGACGACUUCGGCACUCGUGACGAGAACCUUGUGCUGUACCCUUUGAGUACUGAUGGAUAUGCUGAUUGGAAGAAUCGCAGUGUUGAGGAAAUCCGUGCUGCGCUGAAGACCAAAGUAUUAGCGAAUACCCCCCCUCCCACAUUCUCGGACAUUUCCACCAUGGUUGGGAGUGAGGGAAGCAUGGAGAGCAAGCAUUGCGUGUGA